AUGAGGUCUAUCAUAAACCAUCGUCUGAUAUGGCGCCAACGUUUCUCAACCACUCCACUCAUUAAUACCGUCUCCUAUAAACGCCCAUUCAACCACCAUGGACGCCCCUUCUCAGACUCAACUCGCCCUUUAAUAUACCCUGACGCCAUAAAUAGCGAGCACAAUGACCUAGAAUCAUACGCUACCUACGCUACUCGCACGGGCCUAGAUGUCAAGUCUAAGACGUACGUCGGCACGCGGUACGAGUAUAUCGUAGCCGACUCGCUCGGCACCCUCGGGUUCGAUCUGAAGCGCGUAGGCGGGCGCUCCGACUGCGGUAUUGACUUACUAGGCACGUGGCAUGUUCCCUCCUCCCCAGACCAUGCCCUACGUGUCCUCGUGCAAUGCAAGGCCUCCGUAUCGCAGAGCACAAAAAUUGGCCCGCAUCACAUACGCGAACUCGAAGGUACAUUCGCGGGCGCACCCCCUGGAUGGCGCAGCGGUCCCGGCCUUCUGGCUUUCCUGGUAUCCCAGAAGCCGGCUACCCAGGGCGUCCGCGAUGCGAUGGCUACCAGUAGCUGGCCUAUGGGUUAUGCCUUGUGCUCGCAGGACGGCGGGCUGGAGCAGAUGUUGUGGAAUAGCAGGGCUGAGGAGGAAGGACUAGAGUCAAUGGGUGUUACUGUCAGGUUCUCUGAUGACACUGCCAAAGAGGCUGGAAAACGGCUGGCUUUAACCUGGAAGGGCAAGCCAUAUCUUGCCGGACCAGUCUUCAGCAAGUGA